GGUGGGUGUUUUUGUUUGCAUUUAGUAGGCUCCGAAUGGAACUGUUGACUCCAAAUUAGGAGGCCACGUUUGUUUCCAUCUCGACACCUCUCAUUCGGUCAGCAACAAAAUUGUUGCUGGAUGCAUUUCUAAAGAGAGAGAUUGCGCUCGUCCCUCUCCCUUCCCGCUCUUCCCGGCUCUAGCAAGAACGAGCUCCAAAUCGAGGUUCUCUUUUUGCUGUCGCGCGCCAUCCCAGCUUGGGUCCCUAAUUCAUUGCAAGCAUGGAUUGCUGGCGUGGCAAUCGCAAAUGGAAUUUGGGAUUUUAAAGUUAGGGCACCAUUUGGAAUGAAGACGAUGAAAUCCCAGUGAAAAGCUGCGGCUUCUGUUCUUUAAGGUAUUAUACCUUUAGUUGAUAUUUCUGAAGGGAAAUUGAAGGAUUUGCACAGAAGAUUCGCUGAUUUGUCAUUGUUAGUCAACUACCCGAUAAUAGUGAAGGGUAUGAUCUGGCCCAGUUUCAGUGCCUUGUGUAUAUAGUUGCUAGCUGCAGGGUCCAAGUGUAAACUGAUCCCAUUACUGGGUUACAUAUGGGGUGCAUGAAUCUGCUGUCUGGAGUCAAUGCAUUUGAUGGAGGAUCCAAGGAACACACUGGUAGCCCUUCCAGUGGUGCUAUAGCAUGUAUGAUCAAUUCAGAAAUUGGUGCAGUUUUGGCUGUGAUGAGGAGAAAUGUAAGAUGGGGUAUUCAUUAUAUGGCAGAUGAUGGUCAGCUAGAGCAUUCUCUUAUCCAGUCGUUCAAGGACUUGCGGAAGCAAAUAUUUUUAUUGCAACAUCAGUGGCAUACUAUCAACCCAACCCUGUACCUGCAGCCAUUUUUGGAUGUGAUUCAGUCUGAUGAAACUGGUGCACCAAUUACUGGUGUUGCGUUAUCAUCAGUUUACAAAAUCUUAACCCUUGAUAUACUUGAUCUGCAUACUGUCAAUGUGGAGGAUGCUAUGCACCUGAUAGUUGAUGCUGUGACUAGUUGUCGUUUUGAGGUGACAGAUCCUGCUUCUGAAGAAGUGGUGCUAAUGAAAAUACUGCAAGUUCUUUUGGCUUGCAUGAAGAGCAAGGCAUCAGUUAAGUUGAGUGACCAGCUUGUAUGUAACAUAGUAAACACAUGCUUUCGUAUAGUUCAUCAAGCAAGUUCCAAAGGUGAGUUGUUGCAGCGAAUAGCACGCCACACAAUGAAUGAAUUGGUUAGAUGUAUCUUCUCACACCUGCCUGACAUUGACAGCACAGAACAUGCACCAGCUAAUGGAGGCAGGUCACAUGUCAAGAAAGAGUUUGGUAUGGUUGAUGAGGCUCGCAUGGUUGGGAGUGAACAACUGGAAAAUGGUAAUGUCAGUGUUGAGUAUGAUGGUCAACCAACUGUUGAAUUUGCAUCAAAUGCUUCAACAGUUACAUUAAUGGGCAAGGCAGGUGAAAACAGAAUUGAGGUUGACGAAGGGAUUGAGUCUGCUCAAAAUGGUAGGCAUGUUAUGAUGGAACCCUAUGGUAUCCCAUGCAUGGUGGAGAUAUUUCACUUCUUAUGUUCUUUGUUAAAUGUCAUUGAACACAUUGAGAUUGGUCCUAGAUCAAAUCCCAUUGCAUAUGAUGAAGACGUUCCCUUAUUUGCACUGAGUUUAAUUAAUUCGGCCAUUGAAGUGGCUGGGGCUUCUAUUAGACAACACCCCAAAUUAUUAACUUUGAUACAAAAUGAACUGUUUCAUAAUCUGAUGCAGUUUGGCUUUUCGAUGAGUCCGUUAAUUCUUUCAAUGGUAUGUAGCAUUGUUCUGAAUCUGUAUCAUCAUCUGCGUACUGAGCUAAAGUUACAGCUUGAAGCUUUUGUUUCCUGUGUGCUUUUGAGGCUUGCACAAGCUAAGCACGGGGCUUCAUACCAGCAGCAGGAAGUUGCCAUGGAGGCUCUUGUUGACCUCUGCAGGCAGCAGACAUUUACAGCUGAGAUGUAUGCCAACUUUGAUUGUGACCUAUCCCGCAGUAAUGUGUUUGAAGACCUUGCUAGCUUAUUGUCAAAAAGUGCAUUUCCAGUGAAUGUCCCUUUGUCUGCAAUGCAUAUUCUUGCUCUUAAUGGUGUGAUUGCCAUGAUUCAGGGUAUGGCUGAGCGAGCUGAGAUGGUUGGCAAUGAAUUGCCUAAUGCUGAACGUUCAAUUGAUGUUGAGGGAUAUAAGCCAUUCUGGACAGAGAAAUGUGAGAACUAUAGCAACCCUAGUUAUUGGAUUCCAUUUGUUCGCAAGAUGAGAUAUAUCAAGAGGAAACUAAUGAUUGGAGCUGAUCACUUCAACCGAGAUCCUAAGAAAGGUCUAGAAUUUCUCCAAGGAAUGAAUUUAUUGCCUGAUAAACUUGACGCCCAGAGUGUAGCAUGCUUUUUCAGGUACUCAAUUGGGUUAGAUAAGAAUCUUGUUGGUGACUUCCUGGGAAAUCAUGAUGAAUUUUGCAUUCAGGUGCUUCAUGAAUUUGCUGGCACUUUUGAUUUUCGAGACAUGAAUUUGGAUACUGCUUUGCGUAUUUUCUUGGAAACUUUCCGUUUGCCUGGGGAAUCACAGAAGAUACAGAGGGCGCUGGAGGCAUUUGCAGAGAGAUACUAUGAGCAAUCACCACAGAUUCUAAUCAACAAAGAUGCAGCCCUCUUGUUGUCAUAUUCUCUUAUCUUGCUUAACACGGAUCAACACAAUGUACAAGUCAAGAAGAAGAUGACUGAAGAUGAUUUUAUUCGAAACAAUCGGCAUAUAAAUGGAGGUAGCGAUCUUCCUCGGGAGUUCUUGUCAGAGCUUUACCAUUCCAUUUGUGAGAAUGAAAUCCGGAUGGCUCCAGGCCAGGCUGCUGGUUUUCCAGGGAUGACAUCAAGCCACUGGAUUGGUCUACUGCAUCAAUCCAGAAAAAGCACUCCAUACAUCACCUGUGAUUGUGAAUCUAUACCACAUCUUGACUAUGAUAUGUUUUCUAUUUUGUCAGGUCCUACAAUUGCUGCAAUUUCCGUGGUUUUUGAUCAUGCAGAGCAUGAUGAUGUUUUACAAACAUGUGUAGAUGGCUUCUUGGCCAUUGCAAAAAUUUCGACGUGUUAUCAUCUUUAUGAUGUUUUGGAUGAUUUGGUUGUUUCUCUCUGCAAAUUGACAACCCUGUUGAGUCCCUUAUCUUUUGAAGAUUCCCUUCUUGCCAUAGGGGAUGACACUAAGGCUAUGAUGGCAACCACCACAGUUUUCACCAUAGCAAAUAGGUAUGGUGAUUAUAUCCGUUCUGGCUGGAAAAACAUACUGGAUUGUGUCUUAAGCUUGCACAAGCUUGGGCUGCUUCCUGCUCGUCUGGCCAGUGAUGCAGCUGAUGGUUUGGAGCCCUCUCCUGACCUGGAGCUUAGCAGACCUGCUACAAGUUCCCUGUCAUUAUCUUGGAGACCAUCUAUGGCCACUCCUCGGAAAUCAUCGGGCUUAAUGGGUCGAUUCAGCCAGCUCUUAUCAUUUGACAUGGAGGAGCCAAGUUCCCAACCAACUGAAGAACAACUUGCAGUCCAUCAACGGACGCUUCAGACAAUUCAAAGUUGCCAUAUUGAUAGCAUAUUUACAGAAAGCAAGUUUUUGCAAGCAGAUUCAUUAUUACAGCUUUCGCGAGCGCUCAUAUUGGCUGCAGGACAACCCAGAAAAGGGAAUAACUCUCUGGAAGAUGAAGAUGUUGCCGUUUUUUGUCUGGAGCUGCUGAUUGCAAUCACAGUGAAUAACCGAGACAGGAUUAUGCUUCUCUGGGAGGAUGUUUAUGAGCAUGUCUCCAAUAUUGUUCAGUCAAUCAUAAUGCCUUGCACUUUGGUGGAGAAGGCCGUGUUUGGACUUCUACAUAUAUGCCAGCGAUUGCUUCCCUAUAAGGAAAAUCUUACUGGUGAACUCCUCAAGUCACUGCAAUUGAUAUUGAAACUUGAUGCCCGGGUUGCUGAUGCAUAUUGUGAGCACAUUACGCAGGAAGUGUUGCGCCUGGUAAAAGCCAAUGCAGCGCACAUCCAAUCCCAUAUGGGUUGGCGUGCAAUUAUCUCUCUGCUUUCUAUUACAGCUCGACAUCCUGAAGCAUCGGAAGCGGGAUUUGAGGCAUUGGCAUUUAUCAUGUCUGAUGGAGCGUAUCUGUUGCCAGAAAAUUAUGGUCUUUGCAUGGAUGCAGCAAGUGAGUUUGCUGAAUCUUGGGUUGGGCAUGUUGAUCGAUCUGUUUGUGCUAUGGAUCUUAUGGCAGGUUCUAUUGAUUGCCUUGUAAGAUGGUCUUGUGAGACCAAGGAAGCUGUGGGAGGAGAGGCUGCUGCAAAACUGUGUCAGGACAUUGGGGAGAUGUGGCUGAGGCUUGUGCAGGGACUGAAGAAGGUCUGUUUGGACCGGAGAGUAGAGGUGAGGAACCAUGCUCUCCUAAUGCUACAGAGAUGCUUAAUAGUAGGGGAGGGGAUCCACCUUCAAAGUGAUUUAAUAUUGCGGUGUUUUGAUCUGGUAAUCUUUACCCUACUUGAUGAUUUAUUAGAAAUUGUACGAGGGAACUCUCCGAAGGAUUACCGAAACAUGGAGGGAACUGUUGUCCUUGCGAUGAAACUUUUGUCGAAGGUGUUCUUGCAGUUCCUACAGGAUCUCUCGGAGCUGCCAUCCUUUUGCAAACUAUGGGUAGGAGUUCUUAACAGAAUUGAGGAAUGUACGAAGGCAAAAUUUCGAGGCAGAAAGAGUGAGAAGAUACAUGAAUUAGUCCCUGAGCUCCUCAAGAACACUUUGCUUGUAAUGAAAACAAGUGGGGUUCUAUCGAAGACUGAUGCUAUUGGUGGGGACAGUUUUUGGCAGUUGACAUGGUUGCAUGUGAAAAAUAUUGCUCCAACAUUGCAGAUGGAAAUCUUCCCAGAUCAUGAGUCGGAGCAAUUGCAGAUGAACAUAAAAACUGGGGGAAACCCCACUCCUGAUGGUACCGGGAUUGUUCCAUCAGGUGAGACCACAGCCUGAAGAUGGUUUCUGGAUUGGAAUGCCCUAUAAUAUGUUAGGGAAAUUUACAUGGCUUACAUCUUAUGCUGCUAGUCUGCCCAGAGUCAGUAGUGCCAAUUAGUCAAGGUAUCUGAAUUGGAGUUGCCUAUUUGACUGUUGUGAACCUUUCCAUGAACUCAUGACAAUCUGUUCUGGGCAGCCUCGCUUGGUGGAGUGUCCAUUUUUUCCUCACGCUGCGAACUUGUGGAAAGCUGGCACUUCCGGUAUAGUGCAUUGAGUUCAUAUGGUCUAGUUACUACCAGGGGCUUGAUUGAAUCCCUCCUUGAAUUUUGUACUGGCUUGUUGAUCUGUGUAUUAGAGCAUGCAAAUCGCAGCAAUUUCCUCUGUAUAUAAGUUUUAUACCGACAUGAUCCUAAGGUGCCUCGUUUCCCUUCUGGGGUUCUGAAGCAGUAAUAGGGAAAGAGGCACUCAGUUGUUGCAAACUGCAAAGCCUACUUGAUUC